ACUCACUCUCUUCUUCUUCUUCCUCUCACAUGGCUAUUCUCAACAACCUUUUGCUCUUCACUUUGACUUUCCAACUUCUCUUCUCACUUCACGUUUCAUCGGAAUCUUCCCACACCACCGGCGAUGCAUCUCAAUUCCCGAAGAAGUUCCUCGAACUCGCGAAAACUCCGGGGGUUGUCGAUUGGAUGGUGAGAAUCAGAAGGAAGAUCCACGAGAAUCCGGAGCUAGGUUACCAAGAAUUCGAGACCAGCAAACUCAUUCGAUCAGAGCUGGACAUCAUCGGAGUCAAGUACAGGUACCCCGUCGCUGUGACCGGCGUGAUUGGCUACAUCGGCACCGGAGAACCUCCGUUCGUCGCGCUGAGAGCUGACAUGGAUGCGUUGACUAUGCAGGAAGGUGUUGAGUGGGAGCACAAGAGCAAAGUUGCUGGUAAAAUGCACGCUUGUGGACACGACGGCCAUGUUGCUAUGCUUCUUGGUGCUGCUAAGCUUCUUCAACAACAUCUCCACGUGUUACAGGGAACUGUGGUGCUUAUCUUCCAGCCAGCUGAAGAAGGUUUGGGUGGAGCGAAGAAGAUGAUUGAAGAAGGAGCUUUGAAGCUUGUUGAAGCCAUUUUCGGGAUUCAUCUUACCAACCGGGUUCCCCUUGGCAACGCUUCUUCGCGUCCAGGUUCCAUGCUGGCUGGUACUUCAUUCUUUGAAGCUGUAAUCACGGGGAAAGGAGGUCAUGCUGCCAUCCCGCAACAUACAGUAGAUCCAAUUAUUGCAGCUUCAAGUGUUGUCCUCAGUCUUCAACAUUUGGUCUCACGUGAAACCGACCCUUUGGAUUCAAAGGUGGUUACAGUUUCUAAGGUUAACGGAGGCAAUGCCUUCAAUGUUAUCCCUGACUCUGUGACAAUAGGAGGAACUCUCCGAGCCUUCACCAGUUUUUCUCAGCUUGAACAGAGAGUCAAAGAGGUUAUUACCAAGCAAGCAACAGUUCAGAGGUGCAAUGCAUCCGUGAAUCUAAGACCAAACGGUAAAGAACCACUCCCACCAACUGUGAACGAUGUUGGAUUAUACAAGCAGUUCAAGAACAUGGUGGGAGAUUUGUUGGGUGAAGAGUCAUUUGUGGAAGCAUCGCCUAUUAUGGGAGGAGAAGACUUCUCCUACUUUGCGGAAGCAAUCCCUGGCCAUUUCGCUUUCCUUGGAAUGCAAGAUGAGAGUAAAAGUUAUGCCUCGGCUCAUUCGUCACUUUAUAGAGUCAACGAGGAUGCACUUCCUUACGGCGCUGCAGUCCAUGCGUCCAUGGCCGUACAGUACCUCAAAGACAAGAAGGCAUCUAAAGGAUCCGAUACACCAAAAGGCUUUCAUGACGAACUUUGAAGUCGCUCUACGUCAGGUUUUUUAUCAUACUUGUAUACAUUGGUAAUUGCUGGUUGACGAGUACUUCAAAACAACAAAGCUUCUUGGAAUUUAGUAUUAGUUUUUAAUGCAAAAUAAACGAUAAUAUUAGUUGGUGCAAAUAAGUAGACUUGAAU